UAUUAUUAGGCUUGGAUUGAUGGGUGUAAUUGCCUCUUGCGGCCACCCUUUAUGCCCAAAUUGAGAGGGUAUUGAAAUCAAUGACCUUUUGGUCCCCCUACCAAAAGGUCUCAUGUUACCUUCUUCCUUAACAAGAGAACUCUGUACAAUCAACAUUAAUAAUCUAUUGCGAGUGAAAAGACCACUUAGAGCUCUUAUUCCAGAAUUUUGUGAGAUAUGUUACAAUAGUUUUGACAUUCUUAGUCAUUUGUGCUUCAUUUCCCUGUUGCCUGGAAUUCAUGGUGUAAGCUGUUUGGUUUUUGAAGAGAAGGGAAACCAGAUGCAUGAAUUCUCUACUGUUGAUGGCUUUUUGGAGAUAAGCGAAUGCAUGGCAGAGAUGAUUAAGUACGUGGCUAAUGAACCAUCUGUUGGACUUUUCUUUAUCCAACAUCAUGCUCAAAAUGCAGUGCCCAAUGUCAACAAAGUUAAUAAAAAUCUUGUUGAGAAGUCACAUGAAACAAGUUUGCACACGGAAGAUUUGGAGGACUCUGUCAUGAUGGUUAGAUCAAUGAAAGAUUGUGGAUUUCCGAUAGCCGAUGAGAUGAUUGGAGAGAUUAAAAAAUCUCUGGUAACUAUGACAACUAAACAACCAAAAAAAGGGUUAAUCCAUCCGUCGGCAUCAAUUUCUCAGACAGAAAGAGCUAGUUUUUGGGGUAAUUCUGCAUUUUAUCCUCAGGAGGGCAAUGAAAAAAGGAGUAACUAUUUUUCAAAUGUCUUAAAGUCAGCAAAACAGAAAGCUACCAGUCUCAAGUGGCCACAGUCUGAUGCUAAGGGAUCAAUAGACUCCGAGGGUGAGAAGCCACAAAUGAUGUACCCAAAUUUGCCAUUAUCAGUAACAUCUGUUGGCACUGCUACAUCUUUACAGGAUACUGAAACUGAUGAGUUGCCCCUAUCAAGCCACGUCGAAGAUGAGUCUCAACAAGAACAGACUGAUGAUAUUAGCGUUAAGUUAUUGUCAGUAUCAGAAAUAUAUGAUGACUUCAAAGCUAAUAAAGAAGCCAAACUAGAGGAGUGGCUGGAAGGAACUAGCAACCUUGAUGAUAAUUGUGGUACAGGUAAUGAGGAAAGGUGUUAGCUCGGAUACACUUUAAUACAAAGCUUCUGCCUAUAUUUACUGUUGUAUAAUAUCUAACUGUAUCUAAUUAUAAUGCUGUAAAAUGUUAUUUGAACAAACAUGAUACUGUAUGGGGUUAAUCACAUAUGAUACUGCAUUCCUUCUACCUGAAA